AAUGACACUGAAAGAUAUUUGACAAGUGCAUGGUUGGUCUGGUUUGUUCCCUCAGUGCACACUCUUGUUGUUGCAUUGAGCCUUCCUUUGAAUCUCAUGGCAAUCCUUAUGUUUGUGGUCAAAAUAAAGCUUAAGAAACCAGCCACUGUGUACAUGCUCAACCUGGCUUCCGCUGAUGUGCUUUUUGUGAGUGUGCUGCCUUUUAAGAUUUCCUACCAUUUUUCUGGACACAAUUGGACCUUUGGAGCUGGAAUGUGCCGCUUCGUCACUGCUACCUUCUACUGCAACAUGUACUGCUCCAUACUGCUGAUGACAGUGAUAAGCAUUGACCGUUUCCUGGCAGUGGCAUAUCCAAUACAGGCUCUGUCGUGGCGCACUGUCAAGCGUGCCUCUGUGGUGUGCUUUGUCAUAUGGUUUGUAGCCAUAGCUGGAACUAUACCUCUGCUGAUCAUGGAACAAACAACUAGAAUCCCUCAGUUAGGUAUUACCACCUGCCUAUAUGUGCUAGAAGUCUCUGUUGUUAUGAAGAUAUUUCGUUAUUAUUUUGCCACAUUAACAAUUAUCUUCUUUUUUGUACCGUUAAUAAUUUCUGUCUCCUGUUACAUUUGCAUUAUAAGGAAACUUAGCUCAUGUAAAAUUACUACUGAAAAACGUUGUAAGAAGAGGCGGGCCAUAUUCUUGUCUGUAGCGGUCUUGUGCUCUUUUAUUUUUUGUUUUGGGCCUGCAAAUGUCUUGGCCUUGGCGCAAUACAUAUUGCUUUCAGAAGAUCAAAAGUUUGAGGGUCUCACUUUUGCCUACUUCCUAACUGUCUGUAUUGGAACCAUCAACUGUUGCAUUGACCCUUUGAUCUAUUAUUAUGCUUCUUCUGAAUGUCAAAGACAGGUCAGUAACCUCUUAUGUAAGAAAAAGGAUUCUGAGAUUGAUAAAAGCAAUCAGACAGGAAGCAGUAAUACGGGAACAUUUUCCAAUAGUUUGAAUCGUUUAUCUGAAGCAUAG